ACCACCCCCAAUCCCAGCGACGCCUUCACAACAUCACCCACCACCUCACCACAUCUCCCCCCGUCAACAUGUCUUCAAAAGAGCCGGUGACUCGACUGGCAACAUCGCCGUGUCCGUACGAGGGAGAAACAAUGCUGACCAUGCCCUUCCCUCCACAGCGGCGACUUCGGUCUCAUUGGCCUCGCGGUCAUGGGCCAGAACCUGAUCCUCAACGCCGCCGAUCACGGCUUCACCGUCGUUGCCUUCAACCGUACCCUCUCCAAAGUCGAUCGCUUCCUUGAGAACGAGGCCAAGGGCAAGAGCAUCGUGGGCGCAUGGAGUGCCGAAGAAUUCCUCUCGAAGCUCAAGAAGCCCCGCCGAAUGAUGAUCCUCGUCCAAGCCGGUCCUGCCGUCGACGCCUUCAUCGAGACUCUGUUGAAGGCCGGCGCCGAGACGGGAGACAUCAUCAUUGACGGAGGCAACUCUCACUUCCCGGACACCAACCGCCGCACCAAAUACCUCGCCUCCAAGGGCAUCCGCUUCGUCGGCGCCGGUGUGUCCGGCGGUGAGGAGGGCGCACGAUACGGUCCAUCCAUCAUGCCCGGUGGCAACGAGGAGGCCUGGCCACACAUCAAGGAUGUCCUGCAGAGCAUUUCCGCCAAAUCCGACGGCGAGCCCUGCUGCCAAUGGGUCGGUGACGAGGGCGCUGGCCACUACGUCAAGAUGGUGCACAACGGCAUUGAGUAUGGUGACAUGCAGCUCAUCACCGAGGCAUACGAUAUGAUGAAGCGUGGCCUCGGCAUGAGCGACAAGGAGAUGGGCGAUGUCUUUGCCAAGUGGAACAAGGGCGUGCUCGACUCUUUCCUCAUCGAAAUCACCCGCGACAUCCUCUACUACAACGACGAGGAUGGCACCGCGCUCGUCGAGAAGAUCCUCGACUCGGCCGGCCAGAAGGGUACCGGCAAGUGGACCGCCAUCAACGCCCUUGACAUGGGCCAGCCCGUGACGCUCAUCGGUGAGGCCGUGUUCGCCAGAUGUUUGUCCUCCUUGAAGGCCGAGCGUAUUCGUGCCAGCAAGAAGCUCGCCGGCCCCGAGGUCAAAUUCUCCGGCAACAAGCAAGAGGUUCUUGACAACCUUGAGCAGGCUCUCUACGCCUCCAAGAUCAUUUCAUACACCCAGGGUUUCAUGUUGAUGCAAGCUGCUGCCAAGGAAUACGGCUGGAAGCUCCAGAAGCCCGAAAUCGCGCUCAUGUGGCGCGGAGGGUGCAUCAUCCGCUCCGUCUUCCUCAAGGAUAUCACCAAGGCCUACCGCUCCAACCCGGACCUCGAGAACCUGCUCUUCGACGACUUCUUCAACAAGGCCAUCCACACCGCGCAGCCCGGCUGGCGCGACAUCGUCGCCAAGGCCGCCACCUGGGGUAUCCCCACCCCCGCCUUCUCCACCGCGCUCUCCUUCUACGACGGCAUCCGCACCAAGGACCUGCCCGCCAACCUGCUCCAGGCCCAGCGCGACUACUUUGGCGCCCACACCUUCCGCAUCAAGCCCGAGCACGCGAGCGAAAAGUACCCCGAGGGCAAGGACAUUCACGUCAACUGGACCGGGCGUGGUGGCGAUGUCUCGGCUUCCACCUACACCGCUUAGACGCGUCUGCUCCGCAGUCCUAGAUGAGGGGGAGAGAUGGGGGGUGCAUUACGUUCAAGAGAGGGUAGGAUGCUCCCACAUUUUGAUAGAGGUUGCUUGCUUCCAUUUGGUGUCGUACGUACGAAACAAGAAC